GGAAGGCAUUUCAAAUCCUGCUGUACCUUUUUCAGGAAGCUGCUUUUAUAAGAAGGCAAAACACUAACAUCUAUAAAUGUGGUUUGACCUGUGUGUGACUACUACUAUUUUAUAGCUGAAAUAAUUUUAUCUGGAAUUGCCUUUACUGCUGGACAUAUCAACAGGAGCUCAACAGUGCUCUGCAGAUACCUCACAGGUCAGAUUCUGCACUCUCGCAAAGGUAAGAACGUGGGAUCGACCAGGUUUAAAUAGUAUCCGGCAGUGUUACUUGUCGCAAGCAGGUUUGUUUUGUUUUUUUUUUUUUUAAAGGCCUCGAUGUGCCGAGGCUAUCCCGAACAAGAUGGUAGUUCCAACAUUCUUGCGAGUGCCAGAAGAAACGGGAAUGGGUUGCUCACCGUCCAUGCACUGUUAUAUCCCAGUAUCUACUUCUUAGGAACAGCUUGUGAAACAAAGCAGUGCAGUUUGGAAUUGCCUGUUGUUUGCUUAAAUUUACCGAGUACGGUGAAACUCGGAGCCUUUCUUAGAGGGAACAGCGCCUUAGUGCCAGACAGGGAGCACGCACGGAGACCUCUUGCACAGUCUGUCAGCUGCUCCACGUGAGUGGGAGGAAUUGAUGUAGUUUUAAUGCUUAAAACUUUUAAUACCCGGCAUGUUUUAAUACCUGUCCUUAGCAGACCCAGCAGCUCUCUCUUGAGACGCUUUAUCAGCGUGCCGUAACACACGUCUUAGCUGUAGAAGACAAAGACCUUUUAUGAUCGGUUGUCUGAAAGGUCGAGUGCAGUUUGAUAACAAAGAUUAAAACUCAUUAAAAUAAUAAAUGCUGGUUUAUAAGGGCAAUUCCUCGGGCACUGUGGCACAAGCUUGCAGCGGUGUGGAGUGCCGGCUGUCCCAGGAAUGUCGCUCCCCAGCUCCGAGCCCUGUUCCCAGGAGGAGGCGGCGGCGUCGCCCCCCGGCUCCGAGCCCGCCGCUCUCCCCCAUGAUCCUCCUCCCGCUCCUCCCGCUUCUCCCGGCGCCGUGCGCGGGGCGGGGCCGCGCUCCCCGGGCCCGGAGCGGCCCUCGGAGCCGGCGGUGGGAGCCAUGGCCGAGGAUCGGGAGCUGCGCGUCCGCUUCAUCGAGCCGGAGGAGGCCGAGCCGGAGGAGGGGGCGGCCGGCGGCGGAUGGCGCUGCGGGCGAGGCGCGGACGGAGCCGCGCUGCGCUGGUGCAUCUCCGGGGUGCUGUGCGCCUCCUUCCUGGGGCUGGGGAUGAGCAUCGCGGUGCUGGGUCCCACCUUCCCCAACCUGGCCGCCAAUGUCCGCAAGAACGUCAGCGACAUCUACUACAUCUUCGUGGGCCGCUCCCUGGGCUCCCUGGUCGGGUCGGUGGUCGGCGGGGUGCUCUUCGACUGCAUGAACGCCGCUCUCCUGCUCGCCUUAUCCAUGCUUGCAACAGCGGCUGGUCUUUAUGGGAUACCCUGGUGUAAGGAAUCCCUGCUGUUAACAACCUUGAUGUCAGUUAUUGGAGGCUCCAUGGGAAUUCUGGACACAGGUGGCAAUGUAAUGGCACUGAAUACCUGGGGAUCAGAGGCUGGACCACACAUGCAGGCUUUGCACUUUAGUUUUGCUGCUGGUGCAUUUCUGGCUCCAAUCCUGGCUAAAAUGGCCUUGGGGAGUUCUGAAUCUGAAGAACUUGCAGGGGCUGAAAAGACAAACCAGUCUGUCCUGAAGUCUGUGCCGACAGCAUCAGCUGCAUCAACUACACCAGCACCAAAAGACCAUCACGAUGCAGACUUUUUGUGGUCCUAUAUUAUCAUAGGCACCUAUAUUCUCUUCAUUUCCAUCUUCUUUUUUGUUUUGUAUUCAAAGACCAACUCAGCUAGAGACAAAUCAAAGGCUUCUGCGCAGAAGGGCGGGCUUGCCAAAUACCACUGGCCUCUAAUUGGUCUCAUGUUUGUAUUCUUCUUGUUCUACGUGGGAGCAGAGGUCACUUAUGGCUCUUAUGUAUUUACUUAUGCAGUGGUCUUUGCUGAGAUGACGGAGAGCGAAGCAGCUGCUUUGAAUUCCGUCUUCUGGGGCACGUUUGCCGUGUGCAGAGGAGCGGCAAUAUUCGGUGCUGCUUUCCUGUCCCCUGUCACCAUGAUCGUGAUGAGUCUCGUAUGCUCUGCUACCUCCUCAUCAGCCCUGGCCUUCUUUGCACAUUACCGAGCCUCGCUGUGGGCGGGAACCGCCGUGUACGGAGCAUCCAUGGCCACCAUCUUCCCCAGCGGCAUUUCCUGGAUAGAGCAGUACACGGUCAUUGAAGGAAAGUCGGCUUCUCUGUUUGUGGUGGGUGCGGCGCUGGGCGAGAUGUGCAUUCCAGUUGCAGUGGGCUAUCUCCAAGGCAGGUUCCAUGACAUUCCUGUCGUUAUGUACACUGCCUUUGCCACUUCUGUAAUGACGGUCCUGCUCUUCCCCGUGAUGUACAAACUGGCCAAUGCUUCCCAGGAGAAUGACUUGAAAGUAGUGAGAGAGAGCGACACCCGGAAAGCUUUGCUGUCAAACCCGAGGCUUACUGAGGAUGAGGAGGAUGAGGAGGAGGUGAAAGAGUGGAAUGAUGCAGACUUUGAGGUAGUAGAAAUGAAUGACAAGCUGAAAAACUCUCUGACGGACACCUCCCGUCAGAUACCAGGGGGCUCUCCAGCUGAAGCCUCUCUCCAGCCCCAUCUGGACAAUAUAUUGGGCGAUCCUCCAGUGGUUGCUGGUGGCUCCCCUGGGAGACAAAAUGGGGAUAUUGACUGGGAGAAGAGUUAAGAGUCAAAUCAGACUUUUCUAAUUUUUUAAAUGGAAAUGCAAUUGAAUUAUAGCUGUUGUCAGGUGGUUCGGGAAUCCUUUCAUAGUGGUGCAGAGCUCAGCGUGUUCAUUUGCUCAGCGCUUUCUCCUCUUUCAUUUUCAGCCUGCAGGGAUGUGUCUUGGAGUGGGAAGGUCCUCAGUGAUAUGAAUGGGGCAACAUGAUAAAUGUUUGGCUAUGCCAAAACUGUUAAAACGUAAGAGGUGUUUUCUAAAUGUGAGGCAUGCAUCCAAGAAAGAGAUGUUAUAAUAACUGGGAAAGAAAGGGAUUGCUCAGACUACUGAAGUUUCUUGAGGUGGGUGAAAGGUGCAGGUCUGAGGUGCUUUGCCACAAAAUGGUUUCAUGAGAAAGGAGAGAGAUCUGUUAGGAGUAAUGCUGAAUUUUCUUACUUUGUGAAGGAGGAAUGUUUCUACUGCAUUUGAAAGUGGUGUGUGAUCAGAUCAGUUAAAAUUUCUGGUGAUGCCCAGCAGCUGUAAAUUGAAUAACCUUCUGGCAAACUAUAGAAACGUUUGGUUCUGAGACAGAGACAAGAAAAAAACUGGAAAUUAUUUCUUAGGAGUGAAACCAUGCCUUUGGGUGAUUUAAAAGCAGUUUAUGAGAAAGGGUACAAAAUGGGUCAUUGUUUAUCUGCUCAAAUGCAUAACUCCAACCUACUAAACAGGGGCAACAAAUCUAAAUAAUCAAAAGUAUUUGUGAUUCUAAUUAUGGCACUACCACUGAAACCAACAAAUGUAUGCAGAAGAUGUAAAAUUAUCAUGUAAUCUUUGAAUGGCUUGGGUUGGAAGGGACCUUUCAAGAUCAUCCAGUUCCAACCCAUUGCCAUGGCAGGGGCACCUUCCAUUGAACCAGGUGCUCAGAACUCUAUCCAGAUUGACUUUGAAAACUUCCAGGGCAUCCACAACUUCUCAGAGCAACCUGUUUCAGUGCCUUACCACCUCCACAGGAAAGAUUUUUUUUUUCCCGGUAUCUAACCUAAACCUACUCACUUUCAGUUUGAAGCCAUUCCCCCUUGUCCAAUCACUACAUGCUCCUGUAAAGUCCCACUCCAUCUUUCUUGCUGGCUCCCUUCAGGUAAAAGAGAUUACCCUGUUAAAGUCUUGGUACAGGAAACCAGAGAAGUUGCUAUAACCUUAAUUUAAACAACUGGCUUAAAAAUACCAUAUAUUAAGUAAUGUGUUGCAAUGAAGAUUGGAGAAGGAGAAGGAAUUAUCAAUGAGACAUUCCUUUCCAGUAUGACUACUUGUCCCUGGCCCACUGGAUUGGUGACAUUUGGGUUUCAUGUCUUUGGGGAUGACAUGGAGAUGGACUCUCCCUAGCAAAGAAGCCGUGGUUUGUAUGUAUAGGUUUAUUGGUUUGUAUGUGUAGAUUUAUUGGUGCUAAGCAGGAAACCCUGGGCAGGUGCAGCCAUGCCAGGGAGCCCUCACAGUUAAGAGGAAAAAAACAAUAAAAACCAAAAAAACAAAAGUAGCAGCAAAUGGCAAAAUCUGUCUCUGAACAGUAAUCUUGCCAUUUGUUAGCCUGGAACUCCAAAUUACUUGUGUUUUUUUAAGUCUGUGGGAUCAGAGUGUACUCUUGCUUGGGGUUUUUUAACCUUGCACUUUUAUUAAUAUUUUUCUUGCUAAGAGGUUUCAUUUAGUAACAAAAGGGCUCUAGGUGUAAUAUAACACAGAAUCUUAGAUGGAUUUCCUUGAUUCCCAGGUCUGCUUUUGUUCCCUCUUUUGUCCUCCAAGUGUGCAACCUAAGUUUGCAUGGCCUUUUUCUUUCUAUUGAGAAGUUAGUAAGACGCCAGGAUCAACUUGUAGUGAAAGGUUUUUUGUUAAUAUCUUGCCAUGUUGCAGGGCCUCCCUCUCCCUCUGCUGCUGGUACUUAAAUGCCAUUGUGUUUUUGACAGACUCCUUCUGCAGCAUCUUUUUCCUCUGCAAUGCAUGAACCUGCACUUUAAAACGAAGCUUGUUUCACCUAUGGCACAAGGGUUCUGUUUUCUUACAGAAUGGUAAUUGCUUGUAAAUGCCAGUCCUUGCCUUGGCACAGGUGACAGGAGUGAGUCUGUGUGGUCCUGUGUGCUUAUCUGGUUUGAUGUGGAAGCAAAGUAUGGUGAGCAGAUUUCACUGUUUUUCCUCUUCCUGUUUUUCCUCCUGCUCUGUGUGUGGAAAGUAGGGGGUGGCAGCUGAUGCUAAGGACAGAUCCCACUGGUGCAGGGGGAGGGAGAGGGUGCAGGACACACAAUGAAAGACACAGAAACUGUUCUGUGGCAGCUCCCCUGGCUUCACCUGUGUUGAUGUUGCUAUAAAAGUUUCCCUGUACCCAAGAUCAUGUUGCCAGAAGAAAGUAAUUUAAACAAAGAUACCGGGCAAGCAGGAAGAUUCUAAACUCCCCCAAUUCAUAUGCUAAUUUUGGAUGAAAUUCAGAUCAGAAUGUCCUACAUGUAAGACUGUUCCUAGGGAUAGUUUACUUUAUAUCGUUUGCAUAAUCAAGUACUGAAAAACCCCAGAAAAUGAAAUCAAACCUGCAUUGGGAAAUAUGCUGUAAUCUCUUAGAAGCUUAUCUACUGCAUAUAUACACACACUUAUUUGUGUUUCUGACCAGCAUCUUCCCAGCAACUGUAAAAAUAUUGCACAAAACAAAAGAUUUUUCUUUUUAACUCCUGUGUAAGUAACUUCAAUUGAUCCCCAUUUCCUCCUUAAAAAGCAGGAGGCCUGUGUAGUAGGAAUGGAACAACAGGCUGGAAUGCCAAGGUAAGAGCAACCUUUACCCAUGAAUAAAGGAUCCAAAAAGCACUGGCUGUAAAACAGUGGAAACGGAAGAAUUAUCUACGUAGAAUCACCUUCCACUGAUGUGUGGACAUCUGCCUAAAUUUACAGUCAUCUUAGUGAGGACUUUGAGCCUUCAGUGUCUUAGUUCUGGUCUUAAAUUUGAACUGGAAUAGACAGAAAGAGUUCUCCUUAUCCCCUAACCAGCCUGCUUUUAAUAGCAGAGGCUGCCCUUGACUGAAAAGGCAAUGCUUGAAGCAAUUUAAAACAAGAUCUAGGACAUUUCCAAGUAUGCACCUUGCGAUUCUAGGCACCCUCAAUGAACACAAUUUAGCUCCCUGCUCUUGGAUUUUGGUGUUCCUCAAGACUUGUUUUCAGACAAUGAAUUUUAGUUUUCACAUGUUUAAACUUCCUUUCACAUUAAACUGCUUCCUGGCAUAUACAGCUAAAGUGAGAACCUAUUUACGGUGGAGAUCUAUUUUAAGUUACAGGCCCUCCAGGAAGCUUGCAUAUUAGGGGUUGAUAUUACUUGGAGUAACUAUAUUGCAUUAUUACUGCCCUGUUUAUGCUAGAAAAGCCAUCCCUCUGUUGAGGACAAGAGCUUUAAUCCAUGGAUUAGAUACCUGAAUUUGAUAAGAAUUCUAUUUUUGUCCAUAAACCCAGGAAUAGGUGGAAGUUGAGUGCUCUGCUCCAGUGUGAAAGGUAACCUCUUGCAGCUAAGUACUUUAUUUAUCCUGAGGCACAGCCAAGUGCUGGACUGUACUGCAAGCACUCACUCCUGGCAUUUGCACUUUUUUAUUCUGUACAUGACCAAUGCUUGAAUGCAAGACAAAGCAAAGUUUUAUGCCUUGAUGUUUUGGGUUUUUUAAAAUUUAUUUUGUGUACAAGUGCAUCACAAUCUGCAGAUGUUCUAUUACAUAUGUAGUAUUUUUUUAUUCUGCUUGGUGUGGGUUUAAUGUACUGUGUAAUGUGACAUUUACUAGACUGACUUGUGUCUUAACUGUAAUAAAUUCUUACCUGGAGAAGGCACUCAGGUUCCUCAAUGUAAAUAAAGUUUUGUUCUAUUUUUUAUA